CGUCCACACCCAUCAUGGCCCACAAGCGCUCGCGCGCCGCCUUCGAGGCCGACCUGCACGCGCCCUAUGCCCUUUUCGGCACCCCGCUGCCUCCUCUCGACGACAACGCCCGCGACGACGGCUCCUACGUGCCCGUCUGGAAGCAGGACGUCACUGACGACCGCGGCCGAAAGCGUCUGCACGGCGCCUUCACCGGCGGCUUCAGUGCAGGCUACUUCAACACGGUCGGCUCCAAAGAAGGAUGGACGCCCUCGACCUUUGUGUCCUCGCGCGCCAAUCGCCACAAGGACCAAAAUAAUGCCGCUCAAGCCCGCCCCGAGGACUACAUGGACGACGAGGACCUCGCAGACGCCCGCGAGGCCGAAAAGAUACAAACCGCCGGCGCCUUCUCCGGCUUCGGCACGGCUGGCGAGGCCGCUGCCCUCCAGAAUGUGCUUAUGGGCAUGAUAAAGACCACUGGCGAGACAAUGGGCGUGAAGCUUCUCCAGAAAAUGGGCUGGAAACCUGGCCAAGGCGUAGGGCCGAGGAUACGGCGGAAAGCGCGACUGGACCCAGGCGAAGAAGCAGGCCAGGAUGCAGGCCAACAAAUGCACCUCUUCGCGCCUGACAAUUCCAAGAUGAUUACGUUUCGGCGCAAGAAUGACCACAAGGGUCUGGGAUACGAGGGCGAGGCCCGCCUGUCAGAGCCCACGAAAGCAGACAAAGCCGCCGAGGAGGAAGAAAGCAAUGGAGAAAGAGAUUUCGGCUCCUUGGGCGCACCGCGAAAGCCAAAGGCGAAGCCAGCGAAACGAGGCGGUUUCGGCGUGGGCGUGUUGAAUGACACGGGCUCUGACGAGGAAGAUCCCUAUGAAAUGGGCCCCAAGAUCUCCUAUAAUCGGGUUAUUGGCGGCGACAAAAAGACAAAGAAGAAGGUUGGAACCACCAAGCCCUCCUUGGGCUCUGCAAAUCCCCUUCUGGGGGCAAAACCCGUGUUCAUCUCAAAGAAAGCGCGAAAACCCGAAGCUGGCUUUCGCAAAUGCCACGACGGCCGGUUCCCACUCGACGGCUUUAUCCUCGCAACCCAGGCGCUGAGCAUCUCCGACGGCGCCAAGUGGGCACCGCCCUCCAUCCCCGAAGGAUGGAGCAGCUCCAAGAAGGCGGCCUCAGUCACUUCCCCAACCGCAGCGUCCUACCAAUCGACCUCGGACGCAGCCAAAGCCUCGACGCUCGACGCCAAGGCGCGCGCCGCCCUCCUCGGCGAGGCCGCCCUGCCCGGCAAAUCCGUCUUCGACUUCGUCAGCCCAGCCGCACGCGCCCGCCUCGUCGCCUCCACAGGCAACGCCAACCUCCCCCAAGCGCUCGGCGAAGCCGCGCCGGAGGGCUUCCGCAAAACCGACGCCGCGCGCCACCAAGACCUGUGGAACAUGGUGCCAGCGCUGGACGCCACGACGGCGGAGCAAGCGCUGCGCCGCGGCUCCUCGGGCUGGAUGCCGUACGCCGACGACGCGGGCAAGCGGGCGCGCUACCGCGGCUUCCUGGAGCUGCGGGCGGGGGCGCGCGAGGACCCUGCCCUGCCGGAGCGGCCGCCCGGCAUGCGCGUCGCCGAGUGGGCGCAGGAGCUGCGCGAGUUUGCGCACGCGGCGCAGGUGUUCAAGCCGGUGACGGGGAUGAUGGCGUCGCGGUUCACGACGGCGUCAACACAGCACCCCGCGGCUAGUUCCGGCGAGAGCACGCCCACCACCACCGCCUCUGCCACGCUCACCACGCCCGCGCCGCCGAAACCAAAGUCCCCUGCCGAGGAGGCCGCGGCUCUGGGCAUGUUCGGCCCGCUGACGCGCUCGCGCGCUCCCUUCUUCCCGGCGAGGCUGCUGUGCAAGCGCUUUAAUGUGCCUGUGCCGGCGCAUGUGCGGCCCGGGCCCGACGAGGCGCGCAGUAGUGCUGCUGGGGGGGCGGAUGCGCCUACGCCGCCGGAUCUGGAGGUGGUGAAGAAGGCGGCGAUGGAGGAGAUGAUGCGGGAGGGGCAGCUGCGGGGGAGUUACGGUAGUGGUGGUGGUGGUGGUGGUGGUGCCGGUGCCACUACUCGCAACGAGGCGCUGGAGACGCAGAAGGCGGGCGCUGAUCUGUUCAAGGCGGUUUUCGGGAGCGAUGAUGAGGACGAGGACGACUGA